AUGGGGGCAAAAUUCGGGAUUGAAAGUAUUCACGGGAUACGGGAUGCCGGAAAUAACUAUUGGGAUUACGAGAUGAGGGAAAAUUUGGGUCGGGAUGACAGGUAACCCUUGAAGUCCCAAUUAUGACCGACAUCAAUUUCGUCCUGACAAUAUCCAUACAUUGUCAAGAAAUACGGUUAUGAGAAUUAACAAAAUGAUCACACAAGAGAAAAUGCCUUGAUCUGUUAUUAAAUCCUCUCAACUAAUUCUUUAAGGAAGUGUAUGGAGAUCAGUUUGGAGAACUUGUAUGUUUAUAUUGGGCCUUAAAGGGUUAAUAAACCCUAUUGGGGAUACUCUUUCUAUUGGUAGCUACGUCCUCUAAACCGCCGUUAUAGGGUCGUCGUGUUACGCUCCGCUUUCGACAGUGUUCGCAGGGUCAUGGAAUAAAUUGAAAAUUCAUGGAAUGUCAGGAAACUAAGUCAGAGAUUGCCUUGAAACUGUAACAAAUAUAUUAAAAUGCUGAAGACAGCUACUCAACCGAAGGUUGUAGAAAACUGAAAAUGUCAUUCAUGGAAAGUUAUGAAAUUUGAAAAGCUGAGGAAAGUACGAUCCCUGCACGACCGAAAUAACGGCCUUGAGCGAUCAAAGCCUGCAAACUUUUAUGCUUCUUUAAAGGCAAAGGAAAUAGAAAGAGUAUGCCCGUUCUUCGUAGAAGCGCGGCCUUAUCCUUCCGAACAUCGCAAUAAUCAAGUAUAACAAUUUACGUUAAGAUUCUUAUCGAUGCGUAAGCGAGUAAAAACGUUUGAGAAAUAAUACAGUGUCCCCAAGCUCGUAAUAUGACGGUGAACAAUGUUGCGAAACCUUCGAAAUAUUAGGAUUUGCAUUGGGGAGCAAUAACUGUUUCCUUAAGUCGAUUUGUAAAUAUUGAGGCUGUAAUCUUUAUCGCCAUGCACAUUAUUCAAAGGUUACCUAACAGUUACCAUCGCUCAUAUCCCGAGCUUGGGUUACCUGUGAAAAAACGGUGUUCCGGUGUCAUCGAUAACCUAAUGGUAGAUUCAUUUCCAAGUUCCCUUUUCAACGAUGUCUUGAUGACACCGAAACGUCGAUUUAUCUCGCCAGGUUUUACUUUUUUGCGUUAAGAUUGCAUCAAUAAUUUUUUAAUUCGCAGUGUCAUACUCAAACAGUUUUCUCUAUUCUUCCUUAACAUUCGUAGAGUUUUGAAAUAUUCCUCUAUUGUUAACACAAGGCUCCAGGGAGGCGAAACGUGCGAACUUCGAAAAUACGCCGCUCUCAUUUUGCUAUUCCUUUAAGCUCAGCCGAGUUGCUGAUUUCUGCCUCUCUCCUCUAUUCAUUUUAGCGUGAUUUUAACUAUGUUUUCUCGAUUAAACUCGGGCUGUAAGAGAGGAAGUUGUAAAAAACACUCACCGACAUAUAUUUAUGAACGUCUAGAAUGAAUGAUGGAGUCUUGCAAUGUGGUUCUACCUUUUGAGUCUGUGGAUGAAAUCCUGCAGUGUGACCAUUCAAAUGAAAGCUACUGAGCAGUACUUUCCUGUGGUACUGUUUAUUAUCUUGUACGAGGUGGUUCUAACUUUUGAGUCUGUGGAUAAAAUCCCAUAGUGUGACCAUUCAAAUGAAACCUCUUUGUCAGCACUUUCGCGUGGUGCUAUUUCUUUUUUAGCAUUUUACAAAAUGAAGUUUGGAAAUGUGUCAAAUUUUGACUUCGCGAUCUUGCGGAAGUAUAGAGUAAAAUACAUGGCUACCAAAGGGACCCAAAUACGCUUCAGAAUCAAACAAACGUCGAGUCUCCCGAGCCGGGAACGUUUAAUCAAGAAGAUAUGGAAAUAAUCAAUCACAUCUGUUGUUUUUAGAACAAAUGAUCAGAAGUAUCCUG